UCGAUUCCGGUCGGAGGAUCAAUGUGAAGGCGGGAGACUCUGAGCUGAAACGGGUUCCGCCUCCGCCUAAGCUCACGUGGUUGGGCGACGUGAGGGAAACAGAGGUCUGAAAACGGGAAGUGUGUAUCCUGUUGGUUAUACACCACUGUUUUGGCAGAUUAUUAUUAACAUUAUUGUUGGCAACGGUGGAUGUUAAAAAUGAUCAGUGGUGGUCAUCGGAAAAGGGGGAAAUUUCCGCCCGGUCCGCGACAACAUGCCCCGAGUUUGCUUCCUGAGCACGGAGGACCGAGUGGGCCUCCCGAUCCGGGAGGAUUUUCAGCUGGGCACCUGACGGACUUGAACUACGAGCCGCUGCCCGGGGCACGAUAUGGACAGAUGCGUCCGAGCUCGGAGCCUAGCGAGUGGGGACCCGAUUCGGUGUGCCGUGGUUUCCGGCACGUGAUGGGAAGCAGCUUUGGGUCCCCGGCGGCCCUGGAGAAAGGAUUCGGAACGGUGAAUCACCGAGACACGCUCCUUUCUUCGUUUCGACUAGGCGAGGGCGAAAUGUUUAGCGAUAGACGAGAGGACGCCCAGUGGUGGCCAAACGAAGACCCACGCUUCGGACAAGGCACGGAGUCACCGCGGACACAGCUGUCGGCAUGGAAACGUGCUGCGGGACCCAACCACUGCAGCCAAACUGAAGGAAAGAUUCCAGAGCUGCCCCAGGUCAAGCCGUCAGAGCCUCCUAAUCCAGUGCAGUCAGGCAGCGCUAGGAAGCCACCACCUGGACGAUAUGAGGGAAUUAUCUCCUUUGUUGAUAAUAAUUAUGGCUUCAUCGAAAGAGGUGACCUGAAGCACAUCCCCUUCAGUUUUCCAGCCUUCUGGGGAGAUCCUUCACAUAUGAUACCUGGAGUGAAGGUUCAGUUCACCCUGUGCAAGGAGAAGGGAAAGGAGUGUGCCACGGAUGUAAUGGUGGUGCCAGGCGGCACAGAGGAAGUGCAUGAUGAGGUCUUUGACGGAGUCGUCACUAGAGCUCCGUGGGAGUGCAAGGCAUAUGAGAAGAGGACCAAGGGGACCCUGGGCUGCCUACAAGCCUGGCUUUUUGGAAGCAAGAUGGAUUUACUGUUUGGUGAAGGGGACAGCAGGGUUACCCUGUUGCCGGGGGACCACGUGCGCUUCCGCCUCUUCACUGAUCUGGUUACCAAAUGCAAGAGGGCGGGCCACAUUGAGCCAAGGCUGGAGACCUUCCAGUUCACCACGGAGACACGGGAGAUGGGCAUUAUAAUGAGCAUUACUGCUAGUGCUGGUUCAAUUAUGUCUGAGCACCUGGGCAACAUUAUCUUCAAUACCAAAGAGAACCUGAAUGAGGACGAGCUUAAGGCCGGGGAUGAAGUGGAGUUCACGGUCAUUCCUGCAAGGUCCUCGGAGAAACAGAAGGCCAUUCGUCUGAAGAAGUUGUCUUCUGACAACCCUGCGAUGGUGACCAAGGCCAAAGAGAACACUGCAGAGGCCAAGGACAAGUGGAAAACCAUGGUGUCAGAGGUGCUGCCUCAGAGGACUGUCAUCUUUGAAGAUGUCAGCCCUGAUCAGUACAAGGGCACCAUCCUCAUACCCAUUUCAAAGGAGCCACCGACACAGCAGGCUGACACCACGUCCAGCCACGGUUCCAGCAAAGGCCUCUUGGUGGCUGGACUGGCAGGCAAGGAAAAGAAAUUGCCAUUUGGCCCCGGUGACGUGCUUUCGGAGACCACCAUGCUGGAGGGGGACAUAGUACAGUUCAACAUCUGUAUCAACCGUGGAACCAAGGCUGAGCGGGCCGUCAAUGUGGAGAUCCAGCCAGACACCUUUCAUCAGUCUAACGAGCUGCGGGAGAUGGGUGUUGUGGUGGCCCUGAGGGAGUCAUCUGGGUUAAUCCAGUGUGACAGAGACCCCUUAAUGUUCUUCCACCUGAGUGAAGUCAUGGAGGAGAGCAAGCUGAAUGUGUCGGACAACGUGGAGUUCACCAUAUUCCCAUUUCAGAAGGGGCACCAAGCAGUGCGGAUUAAGAAGCUGCAUGACAGAGUCUCCACUACCACACCCAAGAUGGAGGGUCACUCCACGGCACCCAGAGACAAGAAUAAAAUCACAGUCAAAGUCCUCAGGGACUCCGUGAAUGAUGAGAUGGAAAACUUGAAGGUCAAAAUUGAGUCAUUCAAUGCUGAUGUUUCUGAAAAUGACAAAUCCCCCAAGGUAGAUUACGGUGCAGGUACAGAAAGAAGCAUGGAGUCUGAGAGGCAUGGCAACAGCAAUUGCAGCAAUGACCAAAGAGAAUGUACUGAAAAGUCCUGGAGCCCAGCCAGAGAACAAGACUGGAGAUGCAGCCCCAGGCACAGUGACAGCAGGAGGCGAGUUAGCAAAAGCCAACAUAGUCAUAGCUAUAACGGAAUCAUUGACAGCAGCAGGAGUUGGAAUCGCAGCCACAGCAGGGAGAGGGUCAUCCACAUGAGCAAACAGUGGGAUCGCAGUUAUAGUCGUAGCCGCAGCCACAGCAGGGAGAGGGUCGUCGACCUUGAUAAGAGACAUCAUUGCAGCCGCAGCCGCAGCAGAGAGAGGAUCAUCCAUGUUAGUGAGAAGUGGGAAUACAGUCGAAGUAGGGAAAGACACAGCGAUCUUGGUAGGCAGUGGAGCCGGAGCCCAAAGAAAGAGAAUAGAAGCCAUAAUUAUGGCUCUGCUGACGACACAGAUGGUCAGCUUUCUGCUGAGGGUCAUGAAUCAACUAGUGUAUGCAAUGAGCUAGAUGAAGACCUGGCCAGGAAGCAGUGGCAGCAGGACUUGCUUGAAGAACAGAUAGCUCGCAGGCGUGCCAUCAUGGCGAUGGAGCUGAAGGGCCAGUCCAAGGCAACUCAGCACAAAUCAGAGGAGGACCAGGAGUUCCUGAUAGAUGAGCUGCCCAACAAUGAACAUGUUAAAUGCAAACUUUCCAUGGAGCCAGAAACCAAUGUGCAUCUCAAGACCUGUUCAGUCCUCUUACCUGUGAAGUCUAUUCUGAAGAAGCCUGCUGGGGGCUCUCUGAAGUCGGAUGUCCAGCUAAAGAAUGAUGCCGUCGCAUCUGAUUUCAGGUUGGGUUUUGACCAGUCUUGUGUCAAUCAAUCUGGUCAUCUCCAAUCCUCUUGCCAGUCCUUUUAUGACAAGUACACAUCCUCAUCUGAACAAACUUUUGAUCACCAUCAACAUGCACAGACUUUUCAUCAUUCAUCCAUGGAAAAGCUAACCUCCAAUGAGGAUCUUAUAUGCAACUCUCUUCCUGACCAGCAAUCACAAGUUGCCACAAAGAACAAGAGCAACUUGUCAGUCCAGAUUGAACGAUUUCUCAACACCUUGAACAAAGGGGUUGACGCCAAUCUCCUCUCUGCUGUUGUCCGUGAAGCAAAAGUAGCAAUGGCAGAAUAUGAGCACCAGUCACCUCGUCAGGUCUCUCAGCAAGAACUUCUCAAUGAAGAUCAACACCAGUUUCAGUACAAGAGGAAGCCAGAGAUUCCAGCAAACGAGCACAAAGACUUCCUGUUGCCCCACGACAGCAGCAUUUCCUGUGGCAAGGGGUUGACACAUGAAACUUGGAGGCAGGAAGACUGUCCUGGGACUAGAGUUAUGGAGGGGGAAGAAUCUCAGUCACUAGAAAACGAGUAUCUAUACAAAAACAUUGUAGAUGCUAAUUCCUCACAGCCUGCGGGUGGGGAAGGGAACACAGAAGAGGGGACACAGCAGUUUGACAAAAUCCAGAAUCUACUUCAGACCAUUGGUUUGGACUUGGACACAGCAGAAGUCAGCAAAUUAGCAGACAGGACACGGGAGCGUCUCUAUGGCAAGAAGCAAAAACUGAGAUCGUCAGGAUCUACGGACACAAAACCUGAAUGUACCCUGGGCCUCAUGAAGCAGCAGUACAGUGAGCAAGACACCAACUCUACUGUGGAAUCCUCUGACUGGGGAGCCUGCGGGACUCAUCCAGACAACUUAGAGUGCAGUGGUACCCAAAGUGACAUCCCUUCGACUAUUCCAGCAAGCCAAGCCUCGGGAACCCUUUCUGCAACAUCUUCCUCCCAGUACACCCAGGGGACAUUCAAAUCUGCUUAUGUCACGCAACGUAAUCUUGGGUACAGUCAUCAUGAAGCUGCCUCACGUUCAGUCUGGGACCUUGUACCUCCUCAAACUGAGGCAGAUCCUCACCUAAUGUACCCUCAACAUCAGCAUCCUGGCCAUUUACCACCUUCUGUGACUCAAGCCCCGCUGCUUUUGGCGUUGUCAAUGGGCAAUAUGCAAUCCUUACCCACAACUCAUAUUCCUGCCAUGGCUUCAGCUGCACUCUUGGGUCCCCACCCUAGGCUGCCAUCAACUCUUUCUGGGCAACUUGCUGGUAGUUUGGCACCACUGAGUAACCCACUGCUUUCUUAUUAUGGUACUCAUCCUUUCACAGGAUUACCUUUGUAUCCUUACCAGUCACCAGGGAACUCUGCUUUGGCCUCAAUGCAGCAUUUGCUGGGGGGCAAAGUGGGCCGUGAAAAGCGAGCCACGGGUUCCCGGGAGAUGUUAAAGUCCCGUUGCCUCACUGUCAUUAAAACGGUACAGGUGAAUGAACCGACUCAGAAUGAGAACUCCAUAGCUCAGAAGGAAGAGACCGAGACCAUGCAGGUGUCUGGUUACACAUCGACUCCGUCUCCUGUCACUUCUGCAUCAACAGAGAGAAUUCAAGUUGCAAAAAUAUCAGAGGAUGACAUCAAGGCAAAACAGAAGAAGCGGCUGGAGCAGUUUAAGGAGAGGAUGAGGCUGAAGAAGGAGCAGCAGAGGGAGGCUCAGAGGACAUGCGUGGAAAGCCAGAAGUCCCCAACAGGUAGGACCUGCAAAGAGGUAAAGAAUGUGUGGAUUUGUGGCCACUCUCUGGUGUUUUGGGCAGAGAAGAGGGCUAAGUCUCCUGGCCAUGGAGUGCAGCUGGGGAUGGACUCAGGCAGGGUGCGUAUGUGGUGGAAGGGAACACAGGGCAUGAGAUGGGAGCAGUUUCUGCCACUAAUCCAGCAGCUCAAGGAUACUUGGCCCAACCCUGACGUCAUCAUCAUCCACUUGGGAGGCAAUGACCUGGGCAAUGGUGACACAGAGACACUCCUGACUGAAAUAAGGAAGGACUUGGAGUACAUGAAGAGCAUCUUCCCACAGUGUCUGCUCGUGUGGUCCAGCAUCCUGCCCCGCCUCUCCUGGAGGUCUUUGGAGGACACAGAGGCAGCUGAGAGGAUGCGUGUCGCAGUCAAUGAGAAGGUGCAGGAAGACAUCCGCGCAUUAGGUGGGACGGUAGUGGACCAUGAACAAAUCCGUCCUGGCUCAGACUCUGGCUUGUACCGACCAGAUGGAGUUCACCUCUCAGGCAAGGGCAUUGACCGGUUCAACAUGGACAUUCGGAACCUUUUGGAGAAGUGGCAGUGCGAGAUGAGCCACGGCUCCAGUACGUCUUAAAUGUGUUGUUUAUUUUAGUGUUUUGUAAGGGCUAAAUUCCGAGCGAACCCUGUGGGUUUUUUUAAGUGCUUCAGCAAGAAACUUUUGCAGAAUGAAGACUGCAAAGAAAAUAAGUACUGCAUCAGCAUUAUGAUGUAUAUUCUGUUUGGUAUUCUGUUUGUGUUCUAUACAGUUUUUUGUCAGGGAGAGAAGUAUUUUGUAUAGAAAAUCCUGAAGUUUGGAACUAAAAUAAAGAUGGCAUACUCUUGCAUGAGUGGGUCAUUGCAUUUUGCAUGACUUGUUUCCUCUUAUGAAAGGCUAAGAAAGGAAUUCAAGGGGUUGAGUUGCAUAUUGGACAAGAACUGAAUGUGAACUACACCUUGUUCUGUUUGAUCAUUUUGUAUUUAAGCCCCACCUCGUUUUCUGCUGUUUCUGAAGCUGGAACAUGAUUUCAUUUUUUGUUCAGUUCUCCAGGUUACCCAAAUCCACACAAACCUAUGAGCAAGUGUAGUAGCAUAGUGUGGGUACUGCAAAGCCAGUUGACUAGUUAAGAGUAGACCUGUAGUUUUGUUCAAUAUUGGACAAUUUAAUUUCCUGUGUUAAUGUUCACUAAUAUUUGGGUGGCUUCUCUAAGGGUGUUUCUUCCUCCUAUUUCUUCUCAUUCAGUCACUCUUUUCCCUUGAAUGGAUUUUAGUUUGAAUAGAUUCAAGCACUGGCCAAGAGAGAGUGAAAGAACAACAGAAAAGAUGGAGAAAGGUUUUGCUUGAUACACUAUGAAGAUACAAGUGAUCCCAUAUUACACUAAGGCAUGCUGCCCUGGAUGUCUCUUGGCAACCUUCAAAUUGUACACGCCCACAUAAUGCACCCUCAUUAUCUGCAAGAAAAUGUCUUCUGUCAUUACCUGUGUGAAAGGGAUAGAUACAGCUCCACAACAUUGCUCUGUUUUGUUCAGAUUUCUGUCUUCAAGUCAUCCAUGUAAUGAUGUUUCUUGUUGUCAUUUAUUUGCUGUAGACAAGGAACAUAAAAAUUGUGCAUAUGUAAUUUUUUAACAUUGUAUUUCAGUGGACUGUAAGAUUUAAUAGCAGGAAUUAGCAGCCUGACGUUGGAUUAGGAACCUGGAUGUUAUUUUGAUGGUUUCAUAUGUCCAUGUUCGUGACUGGGAUAGAAAUACUUGUGCACCAAAAUGGUUAAAAAAAGGCACUGCAUCAGUGGCUGCUGGGGUUCUUUCACUGGGCAGGAUAGUCUUUGCAGGUCUUAUUAGUACCCUCUACGGGCCUGUCAUGUGCCUGCAGCAUGUCAGCUUUCGAAAGUGGGAGGUCUGACAUUCUUGCCAAGUCUUGUGAGGCCAGUUGUGUAAAGGCACAGAUACACAAUUAAGAAGGACAGCAAUCAAGAUAAAAUGUUUCAUCUGAAGAAGCAAGAAUUUCACGUAUUCUGCCAAUGACUUGAAUAAGGAGGAAGAAACAUCUCACUGGAUUUGUUAGUCCAAGUUUGUUUUGAUUCACUGUGCAUCCUGUUUUCUACUUUGUCCUCAUCCACUGAAAACACAUUGUAUAUGUAUGUUUAUAAAUGUCAGAAUUGUAGAUAGUUUAUGCAAAAAUAAAGCCAUUUUCACCCUUGCA